AUGGGAGGUCAGUUAUCUAUUGAAGCGAGAUUAAAAUCUAUAAUCCCUCAAUUAACCUUCGACUCUCACAAAGGGGCGUGUGGUAAGGUUGCUAUUAUUGGUGGAAGUGUAGAAUAUACAGGAGCACCUUAUUUUAGUGGUAUAAGUGCUUUAAGAGUUGGUUGUGACCUUGCACACAUUUUCUGUCAUCAAGAUGCUGCUAUAGCUAUUAAGUCAUAUUCACCAGAAUUAAUAGUACAUCCUUUCUUUAAAGAAGACUAUGAUACAAAUGAAGUAUUGAAAUGGUUAGACACAGUACAAGCUUUGGUUGUUGGUCCUGGACUAGGAAGAGACGAAUCAGUGAUGGAAGCAACUCUUUCUAUCUUAAAACAAGCGAUAACUAAAAAUAUCAUAAUUAUUCUUGAUGCAGAUGGGUUAUUCUUAAUAAAUAAUCACCUUGACUUAAUUAGAGGAAAAAAGAAUGUUAUAUUAACUCCAAAUGUUAUGGAGUAUAGAAGACUUUGUGAUGUACUAAAAGUUUCUCAUAAUACUCCAUGCAAUAAAGUCGCUUUAAUGUUAGGAGGAGUUACUAUUCUUCAAAAAGGUCAAGUUGAUGAAAUUUCAAAUGGAAGUUAUACUGUUCGUGUUAAACAUGUUGGAUCUCCACGACGUUGUGGAGGGCAAGGUGAUGUAUUAAGUGGUAGUCUUGCUACUUUUGUUGCUUGGAGUAAGUUAAACCAAGAUUUUCAGGAUGAAGAUUUAAUUUGUUGUUCAGUUGCAGCAUCAGCGUUAGUUAAAGAAUGUAGCUCAUUUGCAUUCACAGAAAAACAUAGAGGGGUUAUAGCAAGUGAUAUUAUAGAAUCUAUUCCCAGUGUUUUUGAUCAGUUAUUUGGACAGAACAAAAUUCAGCUAAUUUAUGAAUGA